AUCGCGACGUGAAUACGUUUAGUCGAGAUCAAACCGUGUGAGCAUAGCAAAAGCUGAAAAUAUGAAAGCUUAAUAACUGCUCAGUCAAGGUCUUGAUAGUUGUCUUUGUAAUAUAAGUACGCAGGUUUUUUUUUAGUAGAAGAGCAGUAAAUCCGUACGAAUCAACAUGAGUGCUAGUGAAAUUAAAUCCUACUUCGAAUUCAUCCUGCCACUUGUCCGUGCAUCGGGUGAAUUGUUGCUAGAGGCAAAAGAGGUCAAAGUCGAGACCAAAGGGGAGCCAUGGGAUUUGGUGACGAUGUACGACAGAAAAAUCGAAGAAGUACUCAUCGACAAAAUCAGGGAGGAAUACCCUAAACACAAAUUCAUUGGCGAGGAAGAUUCGGCGGCGAAAAACCGCAUCGCUGAGCUCACCGACGAUCCCACCUGGAUUAUUGAUCCCAUCGAUGGAACCGCCAAUUUCGUACGAGGACUCCCCAUCACCUGUAUAUCUGUCGGAUUCGCCGUUAAGAAACAGGUUGUCAUGGGUGUCGUCUUUAAUCCGUACAUGGACGAGCUGUAUUAUUCGAUCAAAGGAGAGGGCGCGUACCUUAACGGCACUCGCCUACAAACUAGCGGAUUGGAAGACAUAGAUGGGGCUUGUUUCAACUACGAACUCUCGUUGGCACGCCGUGAGGCCUUGAGGGAUCUCUACAUUUACAGAUUGAAGCAUCUCAUUGGAGUUACCCAGGGAAUCCGAUCUUUGGGAUGCGCCGUUUUGGGACUGUGUUACGUAGCGGCAGGUAUUAUUGAUGCCUACCAAUGUGAUGGUUUGUAUCCUUGGGAUGUUGCAGCUGGAAGUCUUAUUGUUACUGAAGCUGGUGGGCACGUGUGUGACACAACCGGAAAGAAAGAAUUGGAUAUAAUGAAUCCCAAUUUCUUGGCCACGGCUACAAAACCACUAUCUGAUAAAUUCAUGGAGAUUGAGAGAGUAGCGGAUGCUGAACGACUGGCAAAAACCAAAAAAUAAAUUGUAAUUCAAGUACAAAUUAAUUUUAGGAAUGUUAUAUAUGUAUAAUAGAUAUGUAAGUGGAAAUAAAGCUUAUUAUUUAAUAAA